AUGGCGGAUCGUGAUCGCCGCCUGAACGAGAACAUGACGCUAGAGUUAAAACUGUCAGCAGAGUCGGAGCAGGUCAGAGCCGAGGAUGCACAAGUGGCCCGCGAGGAAGAAACGGUCGAUAGCCAGUUCUCCCGACUCUCCUUCGAAGUAGAGAGGCUGAAACAGGUUGUAGCCGAAGCACAGGCUGCCCUGGCCGUUCAAGAGAAGGCUCGUGAUCACGUGGCAAAAGAGUUGGAGAGCGUUAAGUCUCGCCGGCGAUUGACCACUGGCUCUGUUGCAGAGAAGGAUCGAGCUCUCAAGGAUAGUCCCUACUACUUCGAGAGAAAUCUGCUAGAAAGAGAUCUCCGCGAACAAAACUUCUCUUCCUUAUGGCUUCCUCUUCCGAUUGCCCUCUCGGUUAGCGUGGGCGACGAGCGAUACUACGAUGCGCUUCCUCACGUGAAAGCGGGCUUGGAGGCGGUUCGCCGCGCUGGUGAUGCCUCGCUCACAUGGCGAUGUGAGCGGGAGCUCGAGCGUGUGGAGGGGUGGAUGUACCGCCUCGAGGAACUGGCCUACGAGGACUCCUCCGACAUGCCCCCGCCCCCCUCUCUGCGCUUUCUGCUCGAGCGCGAAGAGCGAGCGAAGCAGAUCCAGGCAAAGGAGGCCGAGCUUAAACGCCUGCUGAAGCAGCAACGAACGGUGCUGGACCGGAUGGACGCCUAUCUGGACAGGGCCUUCUUUGAGGAUGCUGGCUCCCUUCGCGGCGAGGCGAAGUUGCGGGAGCGUGAGCUCGAGGCGAAGAGGCUCAGCGGGGUUGCCGCGACGGUGGACCAAGAGCUCCAACUCCUUCGCCAAGAGGAAGAGGCCAGCAAGGCGGAUUCGGCCAAGCGGCAACAGAGGGGGAGGGAGGAGGCGAGGAUCCAACGUGCGGUGGAGCGUGCGAAGCUCAAGGCUAAGAUCGGCUCCUUUAGCUUGUUGAAAUUCUUGUAA